UCCCGCGACAUUUGUUCCGUUGAUAAGAGUGAAACAGAUAAAGAGAAAGAGCCCCAACACAGCCAAAACAAAGCAAAGAUCUUUUGCAGGAUAAGAGUUUCUCUCUAAGCUCCAAUGAACUCUCGAGAUAUUGCACUCGUCUCUACCUCUGCAGUUCUCGGUGCUUUGAUUUCAGCACUAGCCUUUCGCGCCUUCUCACCAAACCCUAAAAACCCCAAAUCCCGACGAGUUAGUAGUUGUUCCACCGAAAUCACCGCAAUUUCCAGAAGAUUCCCACCUGAAGAUCCUUUCAGUCCUCUGAAACGAAAAGGGUACUUAUCAUGGGACGAUUAUUUCAUGGCGAUUGCAUUCUUAUCAGCAGAACGAUCAAAGGAUCCUAACAGGCAGGUUGGUGCGUGUUUGGUGAGUCAAGAUGGUAUAAUUCUGGGGAUUGGCUAUAAUGGUUUUCCAAGAGGCUGCUCUGAUGACAGACUUCCUUGGGCCAAGAAAUCGAAAACUGGGAACCCAUUGGAAACGAAGUAUCCGUAUGUUUGUCAUGCUGAAGUAAAUGCCAUACUAAACACAAACCAUGCAUCUGCAGCCGGCCAGAAGCUUUAUGUGACCAUGUUCCCUUGCAAUGAAUGUGCAAAGGUUAUUAUACAGUCUGGUGUUAGCGAGGUCAUCUAUUUUGUGGAAAAGACACCAAAUGACUCAGAUGUUAUUUAUGUAGCCUCUCACAAGCUCUUAUCCCUGGCCAACAUCAAAGUUAGGAAGCAUCAACCGGAGAUGGAUCAGAUCAUGAUUAAGUUUGAAGAACACUUACUCCAACCAGAGACCUAAUUGUUCCAAUUUUAGGACCAAAUAUUAGAAUCUUAAGAUUACUGUAUUUCAGACGUA